CACAGCACCCGAGUUCUAUCUCCUUAGACGCACAGGGUUUGGGUCAUGGGACCCCGAGGCCUGCUCCUGCUGCUCUCGGGGGCCCUGGCCCUGACCGAGACCUGGGCGGGCCCACACACGCUGAGACAUUACGGCACCUUAACGUCCAGACUCGGGAAAUCCCAGUAUGUCAACGUCGGCUACGUGGACGACACGGAGGUCCUGCGGUUCGACAGCGACCUCCCGCACGCAAGGGCGCAGCCGGGGUUGCCAUGGAAGGAGCAGCCGUGGGUGCAGCAGGAGGAUCCACAUUUUUGGGAAGAGCAGACGCAGCUUUUCAAGCUGUGCGAACAGCAUUCCGGAGCAAGACUGAACAACCUGCGAGCCUACUACAACCAGAGCGAGGACGGGUCUCACACCUUCCAGAUUGUUUCUGCCUGCGUCGUGGGGUCUGGAGGGCGCUUCCUUCGCGCCUACGGUCAGUACGCCUACGAUGGAACUGAAAUCUUCACCCUGAACUUGGAGCUGAGUCCCAGAACCAAAGCCAACACGACUGCUCAGAUCACAGUACUGCGCAAUUUGUUGCAUCAAGAGAAUGUGGAGGGUUGGAGUGACUACCUGCAGCACAGGUGCAUAAGCCGGCUCCGCCAGUUCCUGGAGAAGGGGAAGGAGACACUGCUCCGAGCAGACCCUCCAAAGACACACAUCACCCACCACCCCAUCUCUGACCAGGAGGUCACCCUGAGGUGCUGGGCCCUGGGCUUCUACCCUGCUGACAUCUCCCUGACCUGGCAGCGUGAAGGGGAGGACCUGACCCAGGACAUGGAGCUGGUGGAGACCAGGCCUGCAGGGGACGGGACCUUCCAGAAGUGGGCAGCUGUGGCCGUGCCCCCUGGAGAGGAGCAGAGAUACACAUGCCAUGUGCAGCACCAGGGGCUGCCUGAGCCCCUGACCCUGAGAUGGGAACCCCCUUCUCAGACCACCAUCAACAUCAUGGGCAUUGUGGGCAUUGCUGCUGCCCUGGGUCUCCUUGGAGCUGUGGCUGCUGGAGCUGUGAUGUGGAGGAGGAAGUGCUCAGGCAGAGGCAGGAAGAGCUACUCUCAGGCUGCCUGCAGUGACAGUGCCCAGGGCUCUGAUGUGUCUCUCACAGCUCCUGAUGGGUGACAAGGCUCAUUUCUCUGGGAGUUGGUGUGAAAACAGUCAUUGCAGCCCCCCCCCCUUGGGACUUUAGGGUCCCUGACUGCUGUUUGUUCACCCAGCAUCGGAAUGUUAUUUAAUAAUCUGAAUUUCCCUGCAUUACUUUAAUAUUAGUUAUAUAUAUAUAUAUAUA